CUUUGUAGUCGCAUCUAUGUUGAAUCGUGUUAUAAUUUCGAUUUAAUCGACAAACAAAUCGUAAACAUUGCUUUAAAUAUAUAUAAAUCAGAAAAAUGGAAACGAUAUUAGAACAGCAACGACGUUACCAUGAAGAAAGGGAAAGAUUAAUGGAUGCGAUGGUUAAAGAAAUGCUUUACAAAAAGCCCGGACAUAGAGAAAGUAUUAAUUCGGAACAUCGAUUAAAAAUGUUACUCGAUCAGUAUAUGGACAGUACUUCGCAUUUGCAGGAUUUAUACGAGGAUAAGGAUGGACAACGAAAGGAAGAGGUACAAGCACUUUCUGGACCAAAUGAAUUUUCAGAAUUUUAUUCCCGAUUGAAAUCUAUAAAAGAGUUUUAUCGACGACAUCCCAAUGAAAUAAGUAUUCCAAUGUCUGUGGAAUUUGAAGAACUAGCAAAAAUGAGAGAAAACCCUACAGAAGAGCUUUCAAAUCUUGUUGAAUUCACAGAUGAAGAAGGUUAUGGAAAAUAUCUUGAUCUCCAUGAAUGCUAUGAAAAAUAUAUCAAUCUUAAAGGGAUAGAAAAAAUAGAUUACAUUACAUAUUUAUCAACUUUUGACCAUUUGUUUGACAUACCAAGGGAAAGAAAAAAUGCAGAAUACCAAAAAUAUGUAGAAUCUUUGUUAGAGUAUUCAACGGAUUACUUGAGUAGAGUUAGACCACUACUUGACAUAAAUGCAGAGUUGGAGGAAGCAAAUAAAGAGUUUGAAACUCAAUGGGAAAAUAGUACAUUUCCAGGCUGGCCAAAAGAAACUGGUAGUGCUUUAACUCAUGUGGGAGCUCAUUUAGAACUUUCUGCUUUCUCUUCCUGGGAAGAGCUUGCAUCUCUUGGUUUAGAUAGAUUAAAAUCAGCCUUAAUGGCUUUAGGUUUAAAAUGUGGUGGUACAUUGGAGGAAAGAGCUCAAAGGCUCUUUAGCACAAAAGGAGAAGCAUCUUUGGAUCCAAAUUUAUUAGCUAAAAAUAAUAGAAAUAGAAAAUCUGGAAAAGGUAGAAAUUCUGAAAAGCAAAGAGAAAUUGCUUGUUUAGAAGCUCAGGUAUAUAGACUUGCAGAAUUGGUGUCAACUCAACGUGUAGCCACAAAAGAAAAUGUUCAAAGAAAGCAAGCUAGGACAGAAGGUGAGAGAGGAGAUUCUGAUGCUGAAGCAAGUGCUAGUGAAUCAGAAGAAGAAGAUGAUAAUGAAGUCCCUUAUAAUCCAAAAAAUUUACCUCUUGGUUGGGAUGGUAAACCUAUACCAUAUUGGUUGUAUAAAUUACAUGGCUUGAAUAUUAGUUAUAAUUGCGAAAUAUGUGGAAAUUUUACAUAUAAAGGACCAAAAGCUUUCCAAAGGCAUUUCGCCGAAUGGAGACAUGCCCAUGGUAUGCGUUGUCUUGGUAUCCCAAAUACUGCACAUUUUGCUAAUGUGACACAAAUAGAGGAUGCUCUGGCUUUAUGGGAAAAAUUAAAAGCCCAGAAACAAGCAGAACGUUGGCAACCAGAGCAAGAAGAAGAAUUCGAAGAUUCCCUUGGAAAUGUUGUUAAUCGAAAAACAUACGAAGACUUAAAAAGACAAGGUCUUUUAUAA